AUGGCCCCCGAAAAGUCAAGCCCUUAUGCCUUACUCGCCCCUCCUACGGAUGGCAAAACGCCUAACCAGCACGAGCUCGUGGAUGAUCAGGGCGAUCCCGAGCACCCAGCGAACUUGAUCCCGACGCUCUGCCAGAACUUUUACAAGCUCGGAUGGGUCACGUAGGUCGCUACCAUAGCUUGGAGGUGCGUAGACGAUUGCUGAUGGUGUUCCUUCCUCCACAGUGGCACUGGAGGAGGUAUUUCGAUCCGACAAGGGUUCGUUCCAUCCUGCACACUUCGCCAGCAGCGAUCAGCUCCAAAUGACGUCGCGAAGAGACAUCCAACCCAAGCUGACCCCAACACGGCGCACCAUCACAGAGAGAAAGUCUACCUCGCCCCCUCCGGAGUCCAAAAGGAGCGGAUCCAACCCCAAGACAUAUUCGUACUCACCCUUUCGACGCGCUCCUUCCUCCGCUGGCCGGUCCACAAACCGCUCAAGCAAUCGGCUUGCACGCCCUUGUUCUACAAUGCGUACGAGUUGAGAAACGCGGGGGCGUGCAUUCAUACCCAUAGUCAACAUGCGGUCAUGGCGACGCUGCUUUGGAAAGGGAAUGAGUUUAGAGUCUCGCACCAGGUCAGCCGCGGGGAGGAGUUUUCUCAUGUCUCCGAGCUCGGUAUACGGUCGGAAUGACAGACCGUCGCGAGGAAAAUUCUGGGGUUUCGACCAUCUGCCUCACAAAUCGGCGAAAAUUAUGUGUUCCGUGUGGAAGUCUAACUUCAUGCGGUCAUUCACACCCCCAGGAAAUGAUCAAGGGCAUGCGCAUCAGCGGGACCGGCUCAGCAUUAAGCUACCUCGAUACCCUGAUCAUCCCCAUUAUCGAGAACACACCGGACGAGGAAGAUCUGAGGGAGGGGAUGGAAGAGGUACGUCACAGACCAUGACUUCGUCGCAUUCCGCUGCUCCUACUUCUCAGUAUGCCAGGACCGCUCACGAGCGAAUUUUCCUCGAUACCGCCUACGCAACUCGCUGCGAACUUUGCUCUACUGUCACUUGUCACAGGCAAUGAGGAAAUACCCCGACGCUGUGAGUCGUAUAUUGGACCGAACUAGCCGUCCAAUAAACAGUCCAUGCUCAUACUUGCGACUCUUCUCGACAGCCGGCCGUCCUCGUCCGAAGGCAUGGCACGUAUUCUUGGGGGGCAGGUCAGUCAUGACUUUCACGACUAAAGAACCCCCAGCGUAUGCUGAUACUUCUCGAAUUCCUGCUGGGGAGAUUGGGAAAAGGCCAAGGCGCAAGCAGAGUGCCUCGAUUAUCUGUUGGAGGUGGCGGUCAAGAUGAAGUUGGCCGGCAUGGAUACCGUUGGCCUGUAA